UGCAUGUGUGUCUUCACAUCACCUCAAUUAUUGAUAGGUGUCCAUCGAAAUUGUAUCACACCAGCAAGUCAUUAAUGUGCACAUAAGUUAUAAUUAAAAUUUUGCAUUAAUCUAUCCAUGCAAACAAUGCCACCUCAUCAAGACAUGCAUGUCUUUUAUUCCGAGGGAGUCAAGUCUUGCAAUGCACUCACAAGUCUACUAGAUUUUUAUGCAUAUGUAUGCUUCUACACCACUCCAAUUAUUGGUAGCCAUUUGAUUGUACUUCUGUGACAUCAGCAAGUCAUACAUGUACUCAUAAAUUACAUUUUUUUUGAGUCAUUCUAUCCAUGCAAACAAUGUCACCUCAUCAAGCCAUGCAUUUCCUUUUUUUCCAGGGUGAUGAAGCUAUGCAUGUCACUCACAAGUUAUAUUGUUUGCAUUAGUAUUUUUGUAGUAAUGGACCGUAUAUGUGUCAAACAUCUUGAGAAAAAAAAUAGUUCAUGUUUAACAUUUCUGUUAAAAGAUGGCAUCAAGUCAAAUUCAAUUCAAAAGUUUCUUAUUUUUAUACAUAUGACCGCAAGUUUAAGCUUGACAAGAUCAGCAACAUUGGAUGGUGGAUCUGCUCACGGUCUCGCAUGUUUAACAGGAAGGGUUGUGAUUGUAAAAGAAGAUGUGGUAGAAAUUAUGGAUAUCAAUAAUCAAAAUAAGUAUCCAGAGGAAUCCGGGCACCAUAGCGAUUCAUCGUUAUAUUAUACGACGAGACCAGGGGGCAACAAUAUUGAUAAGGUUAGAAACCUACCUGAUGGCCACAACCCUCUGGAGAUGUGGUUCACUCGUGAGCCCAACAAGUCCAUCCCGUACUCACUGCACCUAACAAACAACAUAGAUCAGAAUGUGGCAUUCAGGCUUAUAGAAAAGAGUGGGAGAUCAAUGGGCCACUUCAAAUAUGAGCAACCAUAUGGUAUUGUGCCUCCAAGAUCCUCUUACACUUUGGUCAUUAAAAAGGAACAAGCAUCACUUGGUCUAGCUAUUCAGAGCAGUACAUCAGGGGAUAGGUACAAAAUGCUAUUCAAAGACCAAUCUGAGUGUGAUGAUUUCUUUUCUGAAGUGAAAGAGAUGGGAAAUUUGGUGCAUCAUGUGGCACUAAAAACUGUGUACAGUCCACAUCAAGCAGGGCUGACGAUGUCUGAGAUCAUAUCCACGGAGGACAUUUCUAUUAGCACAUCCAUACAUGCACAUCCGACGGAACCAUGGAUUAUAACCGGUCAUCGAGAUGGACAUGUUUCUUUGUGGAAGUACGACUCAAAGUCUAUUAAUCGGCGGCAAAUCCGUGCAUCGUCAGCUGCUGCAUCGACAUCUUGGAUGCACAGAGUUUUCCACCCAAAGAACUUGGAGAUUGCAGGGAACUUCGCAACAAAUUAA